ACUCACAGAAGUUUGUGGCUGAUAAUUUCCCCCGUUGCUCAACACCUCACAGUUUUAAGAGUAUAUAAGCCUCCAUCAGACGCUUCCAAUCAGAAGAGAAGCUCAAGAUCGUAAGAAGCAACUCACAACAUGAGGAGGAUUCACCGCCAGCUGGGUUUUCUUGCAAGCCUGGUGCUUGUUAUUCACGCAGGACCGAUUGCACAGCCUGUUGAUGAUGAUGGAAUUGCAGAGAAUUACCUGAAGAGCUUCUACAAAUUGGAAUAUAAUCCUAAUCCUUCAGCCAGAGAGCCGGAUCCACUGCCUGAUAAAUUGAAAGAGAUGCAGAAGUUUUUUAGGCUUAAUGUCACUGGAACGCUGGACAAAGAAACACUGGAGGUGAUGAAGAAGCCCCGCUGUGGAGUUCCAGAUGUCGCUGCGUACUCCAAGUUUAGAGGCAGACCCAAAUGGCAGACCAACAAGCUCACAUACAGGAUUGAGAACUACACCCAUGACAUGACAAAAGCAGAGGUGGAUGAUUCCAUCAGAAGAGCCCUGCAAGUGUGGGCAGACGUCACUCCUCUGAGAUUCACCCGUAUCUACAAAGGCACAGCUGACAUCAUGAUCUCCUUUGCCACAAAAAAUCAUGGUGAUGGUAUGGCAUUUGAUGGACCACACGGCGUUUUGGCUCAUGCUUUCGCUCCCUCAUCUGGAAUUGGUGGAGAUGCACAUUUCGAUGAUGAUGAGGAUUUCACAUUCCGCUUACCACGUGGUUAUGUCCUGUUCUUGGUGGCUGCCCAUGAAUUUGGUCACUCUUUGGGUCUUUCUCAUUCCGACGAUUCUGGCGCUCUGAUGUUUCCCACAUACAGCUUCAGCGAUCCGGGUCUCUUCUCUCUGCCCUCUGAUGACAUCAGAGGGAUUCAGUCGCUCUAUGGCCCAAACAAAGACAGAAUCCAAUCUGAUCCAAACUUACCAACGGCUCCUAAUGCUUGUGACCCUAACCUGACCUUUGAUGCUGUUACAACUUUUAAGGGAGAAACAAUGUUCUUCAAGGACAGCUUUUUCUGGCGUAGUUCUCAAAGCAGAGGUGUGGCGCAACUGAUCAAGAGUUUCUGGCCCAACUCUCCAGACAAUAUAGAUGCUGCUUACGAAAGUCCAGUCCAAGGAAAAGUUAUCUUUUUCAAAGGUAGACAAGUCUGGGCUUUUAAUGGAAACAACGUUGAGCCGGGCUAUCCCAAGCUUCUCAGCCACUUUGGUCUGCCAUUGUCCGUAAGUAAAGUUAAUGCUGCCGUCCACAACAAAAAGUCAGGAAAAACACUUCUCUUCGUUGACAAGAUGUACUACAGGUAUGAUGAGAGGGCGAAGAAGAUGGACACAGGGUAUCCCAAACGAAUGGCAGAUAGAUUUCCAAGGAUGACCGGAGAGGUUACAGCAGCCCACCUGUCCAAAGGUUACAUUUAUCUCCACAGCGGGACAAAGAUGUAUGUGUUCAGAUCCAACAGUAAGAGGCUUCACCGUGUGCUGAAGAGUAAUUACUUCCUGCCCUGUUUGUCAUGA